AUGCGUGAAAUCGUUCAUCUUCAGACCGGCCAAUGUGGUAACCAAAUUGGUGCUGCCUUCUGGUGUGUAGACCUGGGCGCGACGUUCCAUCCGGACACGUCCGCAACACAAAAGCAACUGAUCUCUGGCGAGCAUGGUCUCGAUGGCUCCGGCGUCUACAACGGAACGUCUGAUCUCCAACUUGAGCGUAUGAACGUCUACUUCAACGAGGCUGCCUCCAACAAAUAUGUCCCCCGUGCCGUCCUCGUCGAUUUGGAGCCAGGUACCAUGGAUGCGGUCCGUGCCGGUCCUUUCGGUCAACUCUUCCGUCCCGACAACUUCGUUUUCGGUCAAUCCGGUGCUGGUAACAACUGGGCAAAGGGUCAUUACACUGAGGGUGCUGAGCUUGUCGACCAAGUUCUGGAUGUUGUCCGUCGUGAAGCCGAGGGAUGUGACUGUCUCCAAGGUUUCCAGAUCACCCACUCCCUCGGUGGUGGAACUGGUGCCGGUAUGGGUACGCUUUUGAUCUCGAAGAUCCGCGAGGAAUUCCCAGAUCGUAUGAUGGCCACCUUCUCCGUUAUGCCAUCGCCAAAGGUCUCUGACACUGUUGUCGAGCCUUACAAUGCCACCCUCUCCGUCCAUCAGUUGGUCGAGAACUCUGAUGAGACGUUCUGUAUCGAUAACGAGGCCCUUUACGAUAUCUGCAUGAGAACCCUCAAGCUCUCUAACCCCUCAUACGGAGACUUGAACCACUUGGUCUCUGCCGUCAUGUCCGGUGUCACCACCUGUCUGCGUUUCCCCGGUCAGCUCAACUCUGAUCUCCGAAAGUUGGCUGUGAACAUGGUUCCCUUCCCCCGUCUCCAUUUCUUCAUGGUUGGAUUCGCUCCUCUUACCAGCCGUGGCGCAUACUCUUUCCGUGCUGUCACUAUCCCCGAGUUGACUCAGCAGAUGUACGACCCAAAAAACAUGAUGGCUGCCUCUGAUUUCCGUCACGGUCGUUACCUGACUUGCUCUGCUAUCUUCCGUGGAAAGGUCUCCAUGAAGGAAGUCGAGGAUCAAAUGCGCAACGUCCAAAACAAGAACUCCUCCUACUUCGUCGAAUGGAUCCCCAACAACGUCCAGACCGCUCUCUGCUCCAUCCCACCCCGUGGUCUCAAGAUGUCUUCCACAUUCGUCGGUAACUCCACCUCUAUCCAGGAGCUCUUCAAGCGUGUCGGUGACCAAUUCACUGCUAUGUUCAGGCGUAAGGCUUUCUUGCAUUGGUACACUGGUGAGGGUAUGGACGAGAUGGAGUUCACUGAGGCCGAGUCCAACAUGAACGAUUUGGUUUCCGAGUACCAACAGUACCAGGAUGCCUCCGUCUCGGAGGGUGAGGAGGAAUACGAGGAAGAGGCACCAUUGGAGGCAGAGGAGUAA